UUUCUUCACACGACCUCAGAAUAGGAGCUUUCAGAGUAGGUGAAUGUGUGCCCAGUUUGGACUAAGGGACUAUAAGGCAUUAUUUUUAGUGAAUCAAAAACCAGAAAAGGAGAAUUAAGCUCAACAAGGUGAAUUUUUAUUUUCCGGAGCCUUUCAGAGACUAGCCUCACCACCAGAAAAUAACUGUUGAGUCAGUUGUAGUGGACGUCGAAGGUUUCUUACUUGUAUGUUUUACAGUAUAUUUGCCACUUUUAUGUCUUUCAGUGUUAAAAUUGGUGGCUGAAUGUCUUGUUAGCUUUGAGUGAGCCAGUUGUGUUCUUCUGCUGAAAGAAACCUGUUACGAGUUAUGAAGCAGGGACUGAAAAUAUUGUCUCAGAGAAGAAGAAAAAUAAACCCUUUUUGAAAAUUGCACGAACGAUAUCAUAAACAGCUGCUUGCUGGCUCCAGUCUAACAUUCCCAGGGAGGGCCUUUAAUCUCUGAUGUAUUUCACAGUUUUUCUUUGGAUGUGAAACUGCCAUUUAAAAAAAAAACAAAAAAACAUUACUUUGGUGAAACUGUACAGGUUUUAUUUACAGGGAGCAAGGGGCCACAAACGUACCUUCCUGUUAUGAACUCUGCAAGGGACGCGUUGCUCUUGGAAGCUCGGUGUUCAUGAUGGACACUUAGUGAGGCUUCAUUUCCAGGUGUGAUGAAACCCAUGGUCAGUGACUUACAGCAUGGUUAGCGCUAAGUGCUUUGGGACCGAAAACAGCUCAGCAGAUGGCUGUGGCUAUUACAGACAGCGGUGGAGAGGAUGGAGAGUGGGGAAAGAGGGCACAGAAGGUGUUACAAGGCGACAUUCCCUCUGAUUCAUGAACCUGCUAAGCCCCAAACUGCAAGGAAAUGAAGAAUGAGCUGUGGUUGUUGUGGAAUUUAUGUGUUAGAGCUACCUCUAAUUAAACCAGAUUAUCAAUUAUGUGGCAAACCUGAUUUUGCUUUUCAGUUCUCUCUGAAAAAUUAUGUUAACGUGUAGGAAAUUCUGUCUUUAGUAUCCUUGCUGUUGUUUAAACCUAACCUUUCUCUGCUAAUUGAGGAGCAAGCAUGGUCACCAGUAAGAUGUGCAUGGUGGGAGACAGCAAACCAGGAACAAGAAGCAACAGGAGCAGGUUGCUGUGGGAUCUUCACACACCAGGAUCACUGUCAUGGUUUGCAGUUAAAUCUAGAGGGUGCUCUGUGCUUAUAAUCUGAGCUUCUCUUUUGCUGAUGUUGAAAUACUGGAUGUGCUCUGCAUUUCCCAGCCAGCCAAGGUCCCAUGUACGGAGGGGUCUUUCCUGUAAAUGGUGGGGUUUUUUGUUUUGUUUUGUUUUGUUUUUGGUGCAUAAAUGAUUAACAGCUAAAUCAAUUGUGUCAAAGUUUGAGCAAGCUGUGUCACAUAAGCUUGGAUUUAGUCCAGGGCAAAGUCAUUUGAAACAAAAAAAAUAAAGCCAAAAAAGGCAAACAAAAAGCUUUGCACAGACUAAGCCGUCUUUCCAAACAGUUUGUCCUCCAUUUUUAGAGGGCAGUUAAUCACUGACUGUUCAGUAACAUCAGAUUAAAAAACUGGUUUUCUGAAAUACAGUCUUUUUAUUCGGAGCAGGUACCUACAAGGAAUCGGUUAAUGUGCUUCUCCGUGUUAAAUUGUUAUCAUCAAGCUGCAAACUAGAAGGAUGCAGCAGCCAGUAGCUGAUUUUGCAGAGACAUGGCUCCACAGUCAGAGUAAUGUCAUUUGUAAGGUAACUAUGACACAUUAAGUGGUAUAGCACUUGGCCAGGUAAUGACACUGAACUUGUCAGGUUUGUUUUGUAUUAGUGAAUAUGAUUAAUUUUAUAUAUAGCAUCCAUCAGUUCUGUAAUGAGGGAAUUAAAAUGUAUUUAUUCUUUGUAUCAUCAAAGCACUCAGAGACUUAUCCUAGGGUGAGACACUGUGCUGCAAAAAGCUGUGGUUGCACACAGAGUGAGACUGCAUCUGUUCAAAGAACCUCUGUUUGUCCAGCAAGAAAAAGGGUGGGAAAACACAAUGAUAUUCAUCAUUUUGUACAGGGGAACACAAAUUCAGGGAACUUUUAUUCCUCUAACAUGCUCCUUGUAGGUUAAGACUAAAUAGGAAAAUGAAGGAAAAGACUGUUGUGUCUUAGGAAGCAAAAAGCCAUUAGGCUACGUCAACAGGUAACUGAAGAGUAGUUCUGCAAGGUUUUGAAGAUCCCGGUCUGCCUUUGGAAGCUCAGCUGAACUGAUGGGAAUCAGCCCUUGGUAAUUCCUGUGCCCCUGUUAGGACCAUUUAAAAGAGAGAAUGACUUAAUAGCUAGACAAUACCUAGAUGUUUAUUUUGAUACUCUCACAGGUCUUUUUCAUGGGCUCAAGACUUUGGGGCUGGGGCUUUUCCCCCUGGUGAGAGGCAGCAAAGGGCACUUGGGGAUGAAGGGUUUCCCUGAGCCAUCGGAACGGCUGCUUGAACCUUGUGCCUGAGCUCCCUCUGGAAGGCUGACAUGAAAAGCAGAAAUAAAUAAAUGAUUUUGCAGUCUGUUCCUAGAAAGCUGACUUUAGUUUACUUAUUGCUUCCCUGUUGCCAAGACUUUCGUUUGUUAAAAUAUUCAUUUAUUUCUCCAUCUCUUGAAAGGAGGGUUACAAAUGCAAGCGUAAAUCACUUCUGGACAGAUCUUUGCUUCCUUCCCACUUGCCUCCAGAAAGCUGUGUACUAACAAUUGCAACAUUUGCCUUGUGAAUCUGCCAGGUGGUGGGUCAUCUGCUGUUUACAGUGUGGAAAAACGGCCCGGUAAUUUAUCUUUUUCUACUUGAACCAUUCUCAACCGUCCCAACCGGCAGACGGAAUGGGAACGGUGAUGGUUUCGAAUCACUGAUGGUACCUCAGAGUGAUGAGCACAUCACGCGCCAUGUUUGCUCCAUACCCCAUCAGAGCGUUGCUGCUUUAUGCUGUGUUCGACAUCCUCACCCUUCAUUGCGUUGGUGGUGAAAAGGAGACCCUCAACCUCAGCAGCAAGAGCGUGGCCAAUGGCAGACGUGUCCGGUCCGUGAGCACCUCGCCACAGCCCCGCGACUGCCUGCUCUCCGCCUGGUCCUCGUGGAGCCACUGCGAUUCCUGUCAAAAGAAAAGGUACAGAUUUGCCCGCCUGGAACAACCUUCUCAGUUCAAUGGAGAUCCGUGUGAUUACCCUGACAAAGAAACUGAAGACUGUGUUACGAAUAAUCCUUGCAGAAAUAAAGUUAGAUGUGAUGGGUUUGUGUGCGCAGUUACAGGGAGAUGCAUUACACGGAGGCUGCUAUGUAAUGGGGAUGAUGACUGUGGGGACCAGUCAGAUGAAAAAAACUGCAAAAAAGUGUUUAAAAAAUGUGACCAGACAAUGGAGCAAUACUGGGGAAUAGAGAACCUGGCAAAAGGGUUAAAUAUCUUCACAAAUGACUUGGAAGGAUUAGUUCUUGAUCACAGGUAUUAUGCAGGGGGCUGUUCUCCGCAUUAUAUCGUGGACACGAGAUUCAGAAAGCCAUACAAUGUAGAAAGCUACAUACCAGAGACCAAAGGCAAAUAUGAAUUUACAAUGACUGAAUAUGACUCCUACUCAAAUUAUGAAAGCAGUGUCCUGAAGGCGAAAGCUUCACAGUCUAGCUUCAGCUUUGGUAUAAAAAUACCAAGAGUGUUUGAACUUGGUUACAAUUCAAACGACAACAGGUUCAAGAAGUUCAUUCAAAGGAUGAAAAGAUUUUCUUCAACUUCCAGCAAAUUCAUCCAUGCCCGUUCUGAGCUGGCUGUUGCCGUUUAUAAGCUGAAACCCCGAGCCCUGAUGCUGCAUUAUGAGUUCCUGCAGAGACUCCGUCAGCUCCCGUCUGAGUACAGCUACGGGGAGUACCGAGAGCUCUACAGAGACUACGGGACCCACUACAUCACAGAGGCCACCGUUGGUGGCAUCUACGAAUAUACUUUAGUCAUGAACAGCGAGGAGCUCCAAAAGGCAGGUUAUUCUCUGAGUGAUGUCCAGAAAUGUGCACAACGUGGUUUUAACAUUGGUGGAAGUAUUUAUGGCGUCUACCUGGGUCUUGGAAUAACUGAAGCAGGCUGUAAAUCCCUUUUAAAAGAGAUUGGAGACAGCACCUCCAAAAAACAGUACGUGGAAGAUUUCAUCGUCCUUGUACGUGGCGGAGCAAGUGAGCACAUCACCACGUUGGCUUACAAAGACCUGCCGACGGCUGCGCUCAUGCAGGAGUGGGGAGAUGCUGUACAGUACAACCCUGAAAUCAUAAAGCUAAAGGCAGAGCCGCUGUAUCAGCUGGUGACUCCAGCUGACUUUGCUAAUGCAAUCACGAUAAAAGAAAAUCUGCAACGAGCUCUUGAGGAGUUUCAGCUGGAGACCAGUUCUUGCCGCUGUGCUCCCUGCCAUAGCAAUGGCAUCCCCUUUCUGCAAGGAACCAAGUGUGAAUGUUUGUGUCCCCUUGGCUACAGCGGCAUGGCCUGUGAGAUCAGCAAGAGGAAAGAUGCUGCUGUUAAUGGAAACUGGGGUUGCUGGGCCAGCUGGUCUCCAUGUUCAGGAGGUCAACGAACAAGGAGACGACAGUGCAACAACGCUGCACCGCAUAAUGGUGGUUCCUCAUGCUCAGGGCCAGAUGCCGAGACAGUUACUUGCUAGAGGGAAUUGUUAAGAACUCACACAAAACUGAUGAGCAGUUUGCAGACUGAGUGGGAGGAGGCAACCUGACUGUUUUGUUGACUUUGCUCUGCCUGUGGGUCUCCAAGUGCAUUGAAGUUGGAAACAUUUCAGAAGGCGCUGGGAGCUGAGUUUGUGUUGUGAAUCCCACCUUCAGACAUGCUUUGCAAUUGUCCCAUGGGAUCACUUGUGUUUACUGUUCUUAAUAUUUUGUCUUCUCUGUCUUUAUUGUAAUGGGCUAACUGAUACAAGCUUUAUCUCCUGCCUAAUUUGGUAGCUGCUUGAUUUAAAUUUUACUGUCCUGUUUUUGGAGGUUUCUUUGAGAUAAGAAAAGACUGAUCUUACAUGCACCAGAGUAUGCCCUGUUAUGUAGCUUCUGUGAAGACAACUGUGUCAUGUGGAGCAAAAUACAGCAUAUUAAAUUCUAAAUCGUGAUGAACACAGUAGUAUCUAAUGCAACAUUUAAAGCCACUGUGCCUCGCUAUCCCAGUUUCCCAAGUUAUUGUAUUUAACUUUGGUUGUCUGUCAUAUUAGAAAUUGUCUUGAAGGAGUGAAAACUGAAUUGUGAAGAACAGUCUGGUGACAGCAAAGCAUUGUUAGACUAUAUAGCAGUUGUACUCCUAGCACAGCGAUGUGCUUCCUCACGUGCAUUUCUGAGGUAGAACAGAUACAGAGAGUAUCAGGUAUGCCCCAAUGCUCCACAUCCUUGGUAAGGGGAGGGAAUUACAGAGGGAUGCUACUGGGAAAGCAGCUGCUGCUCCUUUGGCUGCUUGGGGAUGUUGGAAGGUGGGAGAGAUGUCUACACUUGCAGGAGACACUGAACCUCUGCUGGAGCAGGAUAAGCAGCCAGCUUUUCUGUAACGCUUUGUCAUGAACAGAGUGAAGAAAACAUUUUGGAACAAACUUCUUCGCACAUCCCCCGAGGUCUUCUGCACUUCAUAGUUGUCUCUGCGCCAAACAGGCUCCAGUUCAUCAGUUUGAUCCUGUGCAUGUCUGUAUUGCAGCAGCUACACUGCUAGUCCACUCAGGUUAGGACAUCUGAGAUGGAGAGAGUUUGCUAUAAAAACAAACAAACAAAACAAAACGUAAACAAACAAAACACACAAAGCAAAAUUAAUGUUUUGUCCUUCAUUACCACUCCUGGAGCCAUGCAUUGCAAUCCAGGUCAAACAAGGUCUGCAUCAUUUCAUGACUGACCUGAGCAGGAUCAUUCCAGGGACUUGCCUCCUACAGCUUCGUUGGUUGUUAAUGAUUUUUGCAAAGACAUUUGGUGGGCCAUGAUGUAAAAUAACCAGCAAUAUCUUCACUCCAGGAAAAUGUUUCCAUUGAUACAGCAUUGUUCAAAAGUAUUUUGAGUCUUCUAACAUCUCCAAGGUCAAACACUCUUCUGAGGGUUUUCAGCAAUGCUGGUGAUGAUGGGUUGGUAUCACCAGUUUCUCUCCUUUCAGACUGACGUUGUCUAAAUGUAAUUCUUGUAAGAACAGCUCAGGCUCUCUGACAUCUGAACAAUGGAACAUGCAUUUAGUUGUAGCCUUCUUGCCGCCUCCGCACUUACCGACAAGGUUUCUGUGACAGCUUUAAGAAAGGAAGAGCACAUUGCAUAUGUAAAGAAGAGUGCUCUGUACUCAUUAUGGGCUUCGUAAUUGAGCUGCCAACCCAAAACAUUUCUGUUAUCCACUGUGCAACUGUGAUAUCUUUUGUGUGAUAGAAAUUUGCCAAGGACACUGUAGAAGAUCUGCAGCAGAGGAUGUUGAUUAUGGUUCAUGGGUGCCUGUGAGGACAUGUACUGCAGUGCAGUUGCCUGCCCUUCUUGAGAAGCAUCGAUGUAAUCUCAUUAAGGAGCUUUCUUAUAUAAAUCAAGUGGCUUUUGUAAA